AUGAGGGCACUCAAGCUCAACGUGCAGGCCAAGUUUGGCGGCAAGGGCACGUCCAGCACCAAGAAGCUGGGCACCUCUACCUCUCGCAAGGGUGGCGUGGGCUACAGGAAGUACGAUGGCGAUGCCCUGUGGCUGCCCAACACCACCCGCCCCGCGUGGCUGGAUGGUUCCCUGCCCGGCGAUCGCGGCUUCGACCCCCUGGGUCUGAGCAAGCCCUCGGACUAUGUGCAGAUCGCCGUUGACGAGAACGACAUCAACGCUGCCAAGAACUUCAAGGGCGACGUGGAGGGCAAGGCGGCGGUCGUUCCCGACCUGGUCAGUGAGACCUCCCUGUCCCCAUACAGCGAGGUCUUCGGCCUGCAGCGCUUCCGCGAGACGGAGCUGAUCCACGGCCGGUGGGCCAUGCUCGGCGUGCUGGGCGCCCUGAUUGCUGAGGGCGCGACCGGCAUCAAGUGGUACGACGCCAUUGGUGCCGAGCUGUCCGAGCCCAAGUACUUUGGCCUGGACCUGCCCUGGAGCAUCAACACCGCCGCUGUGUUCAACAGCCUGCUGAUGGGCGGCGUGGAGUUCUUCCGCAACACCGAGCUUGACACCGAGAAGCGCCUGUACCCCGGCGGCUUCUUCGACCCCCUCAACUUCGCUGACCCCGCCAACCCCGAGCGUGCGUUCCAGCUGAAGACCGCAGAGAUCAAGCACGGCCGCCUGGCAAUGGUUGCCGCCUUUGGUUUCGCCGUGCAGGCUGCUGUCCAGCAGGAGGGUGCCCUCGGCUCCCUGUCCAAGUUCGGUAACAGCUUCUAA